AUGACAUCGACCCAGAUUCCCGUUGUCAUCACCUAUCACAGGCCCGGCACCCAUCCGCCGCUCUACAUUGCCGGCACCUUCUCGAACCCGCCAUGGCAACCAUACGAAAUGGACCACACCGUACGGGAGGAUGGAGAAUACGACUUCAAAAAGGAGGUCCACGGCGAGCCUGGAUCCAAGAUCCAGUAUAAAUUCCGCAUUGGCAACGGAGAUUGGUGGGUGCUGAAGGACGAUGGGCCUACCGUGACGGAUGGCUCUGGCAAUACGAACCACGUGCUGGAAGUGAAGGCAGAUCAAGAGCAAGGCACACAAGGCGCCGACAGCGACGGUGGCAGUGGCCGCCCGUUAUCAUACGCCAAAGUAGCCUCCAAACAUCUCCAACCUUCUUCAGGGCAAACUUCCACCGACCGCUCGGCCACGGGCACUCCGAUUACCGCCAAAGUUGCCGCCGAGGUUGCGGAUUCCGCCGAGCUUCUCCACGAAGAAGUACCAGAGCGUGAGAAGGAUGAGGCUGGCGUUGACAAACAGACAGAGCGGCGGAUGUCAGAAGAGGCAGAAACCGCAGCAGAGGUGGCCGACAGUGCCCAAGCUCUCGACGGUCGCCAAGGCACGAUUGUCAUCCUUGAGCCACCCCCGGGCGAGGGUAACCCCUUCAGUGUUCGGCCACGCGGAGCAGAAUCUCCAGGCGACGAAGACGGAUAUAUUACCGACAAAUCGCCCCUCUUCUCCCACGAGUGCGCUGGCAUGUACGAGUCGGAUGGAGAACUCGGCGAGGACGAGGGGGGCGAGGAGGAUCUCCGCACCACCCACGUCGAAAGCUUUGGGCCUCAAAUGGAUCUUAAUAAGGUGGAUCUGAACGACCCAACUUUAGAGCGUUUCCCUUCCUCCCGAGGCGAUAUCAUGGAUGCGGUCCGAAAGUUAGAAUCUGGGCUUCCGGUCGACCCCGUAUCCUUUGAGGGGGGCAAUUACCGUAGUCCGGUUCUUAACCCAUCACGCCGGGGGACCGAGGACAUCACGGGCGACUUCUCGCUGGCUUCCGCUCAAACAUCGUCACCUCAAACGCAGCGCCCUCCAAGGAAGGCAUCACGAGGCUCCAUCAGUUCUGUAAACCCUGCAGCCUCGCUUCAUUCUAUUUCAGAGGGCGACGAACCGGGCGAGGAACUCUCCGCGGAAGACGAGUCCAUUUCCCGUCCCGCGGUUGUGUUUUCAAACCCCCUAAAGGCCAAACCCAAGCACCUGAAGAUCCCUACUAGUGACGAAGACGAGGGUGUUGCUUUGCGUGAAGGGGUGAGCCCUAGGACUGUGAAACCACCCCGCCCAGCGUUUAUGACGUCCGAAGCCUCAACGCAUUCACCCCCGUCACCAACGGCCGCUCGAAAGGGGGGACCUCCCCAUGAUGAAACAGACAACUUGGCACCUGCGGAAACAAAGCUACAUAAGGGUAGAAAGCGGCUGGAGGAAGUAAAACUGCACCCGGCACCGCCUGGGGAUCUAGGCGGCACGCAUCCGGGGAGUUCACAGACCGAUGUUCCCAAGCCCGGGAAACAUUCCCCGACCGAAUCUCCCACCAGCAACGAUAGCAAUAAAAACUGGACCGCAGCGUCGCAGCCUUCGGGUUUAGAUAGAACUAGCGACACGAAAGGUGCCAGUUCCCAGGCACCACACAACAGGCGCCCCAGCUACGCUGAAAUCGCAGCGUCACAACCUCCCCGGGCCGAACCCCCCCCUGAGAAAAAAAAGACUAAAACAUUGCGGCCCCUCGCAACUGAGGACCGCCCCGUGAGCAAGUCCUCACCAUCACAGUCCUCACCAUCGCAGUCCUCACCAUCGCAGUCCUCACCAUCGCCGUCCUCACCAUCGCAGUCCUCACCAUCACAGUCCGCACCACCACAACCCGCAAACUCUAGUGACAGCAAAAUCCCGGCUCCUGGAACCGGCGCCAGACGGCCGAGCUACGCCGAAGCCACUGCUUCAAAGUCUAGCUCUACCGACGACAAGGCCAAGGCCACCACUUCCGUUACUGCCGAGUCAUCCGCGUCUGCGUCCACCACCACAACAGCCCUGGACACGGACACGGGCAUGGGCACGGGCCAAGACUCGACCGAGCCCGCGGAUCUCCGCAGACGAGGCGGUGCGCGAGACAAACAGCCGGCCGCGACCACCGACGAUGCCACCGUCCCCGCUGCGCAGUUUAGGAGAGAGGGCGGCUGGAUGAGGGCUGUCUUCCGGCUGGUGUUUGUGGACUUUUUCGGUGGCUUUGUUAGAAGAGUUCUGCGCAUGCUCAGGAUUGGCUGGGUGCUGGCCGUGCUUGGUGGGAGGAGGAGGGACCGCUAG